UCCUGCAAUUUUUCAACAGUCAAGUUUGAGGUUCGUGUUGGUGGUAGUCAAAAACCUUACCAGUGCCUUUAUAAGUGAUUUUUACACAAUGUCUGACGAAAUAACGGAAAAUGGACAUGAAAAUGGAGACGUUCCGGAAAUCGAGCUUAUUAUUAAGGCUUCCACAAUCGAUGGUCGUAGGAAAGGGGCGUGCCUUUUUUGCCAAGAGUACUUCAUGGACCUGUACCUUCUUGCUGAACUGAAAACGAUAAGUUUGAAGGUGACUACGGUGGACAUGCAAAAGCCGCCACCAGAUUUUCGUACGAAUUUCGAAGCCACGCCACCUCCUAUUCUUAUUGAUAGGGGUAUGGCUAUUCUCGAAAAUGAAAAAAUCGAAAGACAUAUAAUGAAAAAUAUUCCCGGUGGUCACAAUUUGUUCGUUCAGGACAAAGAAGUAGCAACCCUCAUAGAGAACCUCUACAGUAAGCUGAAGUUGGUGCUAGUGAAGAAAGACGAGCAGAAGAGCGCUCAGCUUCUGGCUCAUCUGAAGAGGAUUGACGAGCACCUAAGGCGAAGAGACACCAGGUUCUUGACAGGCGAUACCAUAUGCUGUUUCGAUUGCGAAUUGAUGCCGCGAUUACAACAUAUUCGUGUUGCCGCUAAAUACUUCGUAGACUUCGACAUACCGAAGGAAUUGACAUCCUUGUGGCGUUACAUGUACAAUAUGUAUCAGUUGGAUGCUUUUACACAGAGCUGUCCUGCCGAUCAGGACAUCAUAAACCACUAUAAGAUUCAGCAGGGGUUGAAGAUGAAGAAACAUGAAGAAUUAGAAACGCCCACUUUCACCACGUCCAUACCUAUAGACGUCAGUCAGUUGAACUGAGCUCAUUCAGUUGUGUCCUAAACCUUUCCUCUUUAUUUUUUCAUUUCAGUUGUCCUUUCCGUUCUUCUUUUGUCUUUUCCUGUGUAACCAAUCUGCUAUGUUUCAGGAAUUGAUUUGGCACUUUUAACAGAAUCUGUUCAGUAAAAGAAAAAACGUUGUUUUUAUUCUCACAUAAUAAUAAUGAUAAUAAUGGGCGUGGUUAAAAUUAAAAAGAAUUUAUGAUUUUAUUUCCUUGUAGGCAAUAUUUUGUGCCUUAACUUAAUGUCGACUUAAUUUUAAUGAUGAUUAUUAAUAGCUACCUUUUUGUUACAAAAUGAAAUAUACAUUAUUGACUACUUCUUAUGUCAGGAUCUAUCAGGACUCGCGUUCACAGUGAUUGACGUGGGAUACAUUGGAAUCGAGACGGUCGAGGAGUGCAACAUUCUGUAGAUUUCGCUCUUCUACAUCAGUUUCUAUUUUGAUAUAAGAGGUAUUCACUUCAGACUUCAGCCGUGUGUAGUGCAACACACUUUUGUAUUUAUUUAUUGCUUUAUAAUAAUUGUAUGAUUUAUUUUAACAAGUAGAGUUCUAAAACCGUUUUUUCUUUUAAAUUGCAUUUGUAUUAUGUCAUGCAAGCAUAUUGGUCAUUUAAGGCACAAUUAAUAACUGGUUUCUUUUUUGUACAACAAAAACGACUUACCCAACCAAGAAGUAUUUUAUAAUAGUAUACAAUGGACUGAAAAAAGAUGAACUUUGCAUAAUUGUAUUGAUUUAAAUAGUUUAUGCCCUUAAAAUUUGACAACAGAAGAAAGAUGCUGAUGAUUUUAUUUCUAUUUUUUGGAGCGCAUGUUAAGAUUUAUUUUAAUUUAUUACUCAUAAUCAAUAAUAAAAUUGUUUUAUUGAUUUAGUAGUGUUUUAGCAUUGUUUUUAUUUUUUCUUUUCUAUUGUUCAGCUUAAUGCGGGUGUUCGACUGGUUUAAUCACACCAAGUAAACCUGAUUCUCAAAAACAUUGAUUUUUUGAGAAAAUUAAUAUGAAGUUGCUUGUUAAUAAUCAAAUAAAGUAUUUUAUUUGUAUACGUUUAUUAAAAUUAUUAUUUUUGUAAUUCUACAUGCAUUCAUUUGCAAUUAAUGUAAGGUAAGUUGUACAGUUAUAUAUGUUCUGUAUUUCUACAUGUUAAGUAAAUAAAAUUUUUCAAAAA